AUGACUAAAAGAGGUGGAAAAGCUAAGGUAUUAGCACCAGGAAAACUUCAAGAAGAACGAAAUCGCAUAAUUAACAAGAAGCAUAUCGUUAGGAAACCUGCUCAAACAACAUUGUCUAUGCAGGAUGCAUCAUCGGCACCAACACCAGCUCAGGCAGCACCGUCCGUGCAGGUUGCAUCGUCGAUGCCGACAUCAGCUUCGAAAAAAUCAUCUGUGCAGGCUGCAUCGUCGAUGCCAACACCAGCUCAGGAAGCAUCGUCCGUGCAGGUUGCAUCAUCAAUGCCAACAUCAGCUUCUAAAAAAUCGUGUGUGCAGGCUGCAACGUUGAUGCCAACACCAGCUCAGGCAGCAUCGUCCGUGCAGGCUGCAUCGUCGAUGCCAACACCAGCUCAGGCAGCAUCGUCUGUGCAGGCUGCAUCGUCGAUGCCAACACCAGCUCCAACUGAGGAAGAUGUGGAUGCUGAUGAGGAUGAGGCGGUGGGUCAAGAAACUAUUACCCCUCUUGUGCCAACAAUAGAUGAGAAUGGGAAAGUUAUUAUAAAACCAUCUGGUACUGGGCUAGUUCCUGCCAAAGAAGUUGCUGGUGCCAUUAAUUAUGCGAUACGCAAACAAUUUUAUAAACCUAUACAUCAUUGGUCUGCACUCGAUCCUGAUACGAAAGCUGAUUGGUUUAAGUUGUUUGGAGAGAAGGUUUCGUGGGAUCCUUUCGAUCAUGCAUUUGUCUAUAGCGCAUUUGAAAAAAAAGGAAGAAAACGAUUAAACGACAUGUUGGGGAAGGCGAGGAGAAAAGGGACUCGACCUUCAUGGAUUGGUGAUGAUGCUUGGGUUGAACUUCAAACUUAUUGGAAAAAGACCGAGUUUUUGGCUGUGUCUUCUCAAAACAAGACCAAUCGAGCUUCCGCAAGAGGCGGAGCAGUCCACACCACAGGCCGUAAGGCUCAUAUUGAUGUUGCACUUCAACUUUCACGUGAACUUCAAAGGGAUCUGCGUCCCGAUGAGUUAUUUUUAAAAACACACAAGAGGAAAAAUGGUGAAUGGGUUGACAGUCGUGCUGCAUCUACUUAUGUAAGUUCUCGUAAAUUUUACUACAUCAAUAUUUGCAUCCAUGCUUUCAGAAGCAGACUUAUUCAAAUUAAACUCUCCAAAAAGGAUCUAGUUAUCCAUUUUUAUAGUCUAAUGUAAGUUAGAUAUAAUAGCACAAGUCCUAUGUUUAACUAUCAGUUUGAAAUUCCUGCAAUCAGUUUGCUGUGCUGUUUGA